UUCCGUGAUGCGUUUUAUACUGGCUAUUCCUUCUCUGUUUGGGGAGUGUCACAUAGCUGUGAGGAGGCUUCCUGUCCCGGUACGGGAUAAACCCCAUAGCCACCCAGAUCAGCUGUGACACCCCACACACAGACAGACAACAGCUAGGACGCUCAGGGACGUGAUGUUCACGCAUUUGGGUCUGGAUGACGUCACCAAGCAGAGAAUGUUGCAGGCUCAGAUGCUGUCUAAAGAGGCCAGAGGAGGGAGGCUGAAUCUGGGGAAGAAGGUCAGCGUUCCAAAAGACGUGAUGAUUGAGGAACUCAACCUUCCGUCCAAUCGAGGUUCUCGCAUGUUUCAAGAGAGACUGAAGCGGGCUGAGAGAUUCACGCUGGAGAACGUGGCCAACAGUGCUCACAACGCCAUGAGUGCCCAUCCAGUGGCUGUUCCUCCCCCGCAAAUCAUCCAAAAGCCUCAAGGAGGAAAGGAGAACCAAGCUUUCACUACCGCUGGUAAGCAUAGCCUGGUUAUGAACCUUCAGAAGACGCUAUCAAAGAAGGGCAGUCCUGAUGUCCUCGCUCCAGGAUACUCUGCCCCACUGAAUGAGAUUCCUCAUGAGAAGUUUAACACAACAGCGAUUCCCAGAUUCUACUGGUCUCCAUGGAGGGAAGCUUUGCGCCAUGACAAGGAACUUCUGGAAGCCCUCAAUGCUCAGUUGCCAUUACCACAAAGACAUCAGGUUGCCCACUACAGGUGUUUCAACAGGUCUCCCAUGCCGUUUGGAGGGGCACUGUCCAGCAAGAGGGUGAUCCCCGUUAUUAGCUUUGAGGCCCAAGAAUCCCCAAACCUGCCUGGCGCCACUUUGGACCGCAUGCAACAUCGGCCUAAUUUCAACAUAGCGCCAAGGGGGUGGAGAGGCCAUCAGUGCCCUGAAUCUAAUGAACUAUGAAAAAGGACUAAUUAACUUAAGACAGUCAUCUCUGUUAAUCAGCAGCAACAGCAGGAGGGAGGGGAAAAAAAAACACAUAAUGUGGUUAGCUGCUACACUGAGUGGCUGCGGCAGAUGAAGCAACGUCAGGGUUUUGAAAUGGUAAUUUUCACAGUCGAGCACUGGAUUAGCAGGAUACCCAAAACUGUUAGUCACAAGCAACACUCAUUCGUAUAGCUUGACUGAAUCUAGGGUUGCAACAACAAUAAUGUAAAAUAAUAAAAUAAUGACAAUGAA